AUGUUUUCCUUCAACUUAAGGACACAUGAGUACAUUGAAAUGAGACCAAAGAAAAAAGUAUCUUUCUUCUGGACUUACUUAAAAUUGACCAUCUGCCUCCGAGUGGUCGGUAUAACGGUACCGACUCUUAAGCAACGAGGGGAAACAGCAUCCCUCACAUGUGACUACGACUUGGAGGGGGGGAAACUGUACUCUGUCAAAUGGUACAGGGACAACGAAGAGUUCUACCGGUACAUGCCGAAGUUGAGGCCACCGCAGCAUGCACAUAGACUGGACGGGGUUAAAGUUGAUUUGGAAAAGUCGAGCGCGCGGCGAGUUCAUCUCCGAGAGUUAACUCUGAGGUCACGAGGGCUAUACCGUUGCGAGGUCUCUGAAGAAGCACCUUCGUUCCACUCAGCACAGGCAGAGGCUUUAAUGGAAAUAUAUUAUUUACCACGAGAAAAUCCAAUAAUCACCGGUCACAAACGGAAGUAUGAGCCAGGAGCACCUCUGGACGUCAACUGCUCGUCACCAAGAUCUUUCCCAGCACCACACCUAAAGUGGUACAUUGAUGGACAAAAGGUCCAUGACAGCUCUUGGUUGAUAGCGUACGGAGCCAAGCCCGCGCCCCAAGGGCUCUUGGUGACCUCAUUAGGGCUUAGGGCUCCGGUCACGAACAGGAUGAUGCUGCGUUGCGUGGCAACCAUCGGUCCGCAUAAAAGGGAACACACUGUUGUUAUAGGUACAUAA